AUGCCAAAUGGUACCACCGUUUGUGCUGGCGACUGUAGCUCGUCCGACGACCAGUUUGAGACCAUUGUUGCCAGUCAGGGCUUUGAAAAUGAAAGCAUUUUCGUUGAGAUUCGCGUGGUGGCAACGGGGAAAGACGGACGCGCAGCUCUCAGCUUCAGUAUUGUUGGCAAUGACUUCUUGGAAUUUGAUUCGCCGCUAAAGCAGAAGCUGGACGUGAAGUGGAGGAGCGCAGAGGACGUCUUGGAGUGGGGCAUUUUUGGGAUUCUGUUUGAUUUUGAAAAGGCCACUGCAACGUUGUACUCGGAUCGCUUGGAGCCGGAAGUCUGCCACUUUAACGUCGCUGCGCUAAGCAAGCCACUGUUUCCUGCCGUUUCAGCUCUCUGCAAUGGGACAGUUUUUGACGUGAACUUCCACCCACAUCCUCGUCUCGAGCUGCCGUCUCACGUAUUUUACCCGGCUACAAAGCUCCAGAACCAGCUCACGGCCUCAUCGACCGAGCUACAGCUAGGCAAGACCUUGCAGCUUCAACUAUAUUCGUGCGACGGUGGGGAGUUCAGCAGCUCCCAUACUGCCAGCAACUGCCUUGUGGAUGACACGACAGUGUACAGCUCUGCGAAGGGAGCAAACGUAAAUCUGGUGUUUAAGCAUGAGCUUGACACUCCGAUGUGCGUAAGCUACAUCACCAUACGGGGACCAGGACAAGGCUACUCAAGCCCCCUACGUUGUGCCGCUGUAUUUGUCACCAGUACCCCUCCUGAUCUAUCGAGCUAUCAGGAGUUUGACAACAUGACUCCAGAACAAUUCGCUGCUUUGCCGUUCCCUCCGAGUAAUGGAUGCUGCCCACGUGACGAAACGUUACCUGUUGCGCUCUUCGUACUGGACAGCAGCUGUACACAGAUUUCUAAACAGCUCGCGUAUCCAGCUACAGGACGGUACAUCAUUGUAAAGGCGAUUCGUCCUUCGACAGGAACCAAUAUCGAUAUCGGAUACCUUGGGUUCUGUGGCAUUUUCGAUCGCGACAAUGGACCUGCGUACGGUGAGACGACAACAACAUCCUAUAGGUGCGAGGAAUGCAAGAGAAUGCCGUUGCCAGGCUUACAUUACGGCCAACACGAUGAUGACAGUAUCAAACUGUGUACCGCGUGCUACGAUGACAAUCGAGGCGAUCUCGAUUCUGCUUUCUAUGUUUACACCUCCAGAGAAUCGGAAGAAGAUCAGAUGGCUGUCAAUACACUGCUGUGCCCACCACGAAGGUCAUGGAACGAUAAGAUCGCGGCAUUAAGCGACGUCUUGAGCAAGUCUAAAACACCAAAGGCAGCUAGAGAUGGAAGCACAGCAGGAGAAGCUGGCAGGUCAGAGAUGCUUCCUACCGUUGCAAGCUUCGAAGAGUGCGAAUUGUUUUCUUGCGGACAAAACAACUACGGAGAGCUUUGCUUGGGGCACUGUAACUCGACUAGCAAGUUGGAACACGUGCCGUUCUUUUCUGCAAAAGGCAUUCGUGACGUCGCUGGAGGAAACGAAGUGCUCGCUGUAGUAAUGAAUGACGGUGGUGUAUUCACGUGCGGUCUCAACAAGAGCGGUCAAUGUGGCAACGGUACUUUCGAGGAGCGAGUAAUUAUCGCCACCCCUGUUCGUGCACUAAGUGGCAUCGCUAUUAGUAUGGUCGCAGCUGCAAAUGGAUGCGAACACAUGCUAGCUGUUGCCUCUGAUGGCGCUGUCUUCUCUUGGGGAUACAAUGAUCGUGGCCAACUAGGACUUGGAUCGACGAUUUCGAAGAGUCAUACGCCGCGAAUGAUCGACAGUUUGAGAGAAAAGUAUCACAUAACGACAGCAGCAGUGAGCUAUCACCACAGUGCCGUCGUGUCUAGCAAUGGCGAGCUGCUCACGUUUGGAAUGAAUGACUGCGGCCAACUGGGUCUGGACCACACUCAACACCAGCAUACCCCGCAAGUUGUUGAUGCAUUAUCGAGCCAAGUUGUUACCAAAGCUGCGUGUGGAUUGUACCACACAGUAGCAGCAACAAGUGACGGUGAGGUGUACUCUUUUGGCAAGAAUGACUAUGGACAGCUGGGGCUUGGUCAUGCUCGCAAUAUAAAGACACCAGCUCUGGUGAAGACGUCACUAGGGGAAAGCGACGAGAAGAUUGUAGCGGUGAGCUGUGGCUACUAUCACACAGUGACGAUUAGCGAGAAAGGUAAGCUCAUCACGUGGGGAAGGAAUGACUAUGGACAACUGGGAAUUGGAAGCAAAGAGCACAAGAACAGUGCGCAGUUUGUGCCCCUACCGAUGUCAUCAAAGAUUAAGAACGCGUCGUGUGGCUGCUACCACUCGCUCAUCCUCAUGUCGAAUGGACGGGUAAUGGUGUUUGGGCGUAACAACAAGGGUCAACUUGGAGCCGGGGCAAGGACCCUUUCAUCUGCUGAUCUACCUCUCCCAGUUCCUUCGAACUCGUUGGCAAACGAUGAAGUGGUUCGUAUAGCUGCUGGCUUUUACAGCUCCUACAUCCUUACCGGUCGCUCAAGCGACAAUGCUGACCUUGACGGAGCAGCAGAUGAUGUGAAUCAGUCAAAAGACCUCCCGGAGAAUAGCUGUCUCGAGAACUCAGAUGCACUUUUCGAGUCACUCAUGAAGGAGAUUGACUCUAAGUACGUCACAGAUGUCGUACCAAAGCGGACACCGCUCCAACUCAUGCGAGGAUAUUCGCAGCGCAAGUUACCGCUGGUGAAGUUACAUGCUGCUGGAUGGGCGAUGGCACGCGCUUUGAUGUAUCGCUCUAUUCAAGAUGCCGAUGACAAAACCUCGAAACGUGCGGGUGGACGUGUGAAUCCCGUGCUUUCGUUGUUCAUAAGCUUUUUGUUGGAAAACCUGAAAUUAUUGCAAGACGACUCUCUGUCUGGUGCCGUUUGGACGGCGACAUCAUCUUUUGAACUGGGUGGAAGUGUCUCGUUAAAGCGAGUGUGCGUAGGGCUACUUCAGUACUUUGGUGCCAAGUUUGCAGUACCUUCACCAACGGUGGGACUGGUAGGCGGACAGACUCUGGACAAGCUUCACGGUCAUUUCUACAAGAAUCAGAUUCUAAGUGUCCUCCUUGCGUGCGGCUCUGCGAACACGAACGUUGGCUCUACAAUAGCUGCGAACCCUGUGGUUACCGCGCACAUUAUUGGUGGAAUGAAUUCCUCCGACGUUGCGUCAGCAACGAUGUGCAUUCGACUGGCGAUGCUGGUGUUCCCGCAUCACUCUAUGUCUGCGCUCAAUACGAUCUAUCGAUCGCAACAAUUCACACCAGCGACGUCCGGGGAUAUUCUCACGAUGCUGAUGACUCUUGUGGGGCUUCCAAUGCUCCUGCGACCACGCCUUUGCUCGCACGAGCUUGGUUUGGAGUGCUCGAGCACAGCUUUAUGCCAGUCAGCUUGCUGUCUGAAAGGGAUAGCGGUGACAAAAGAUACAGGGAUUUCGCACACACAGCAAGUUGUGCUGGAGAAGGCUCACGUUGCAGAUUCGAAGGCGGCUGAGGUUGUGGCGCUGCUGCGGUAUCUCACACUUUAUCCGACGUGGAAAGUAGCCAUCAACGCCGCAAUUACUCGAGGUUUUGCCAGGUCAAACAAGGUUGGAGAGUUGCUGGAUGCCAUCUGCGCAUACUACACAAACGUGCAGCAGGCGGAUAUUGUGGAUCUUCAAACCGCAGUACUUGGCGGUCUAGCAGGAGACAAAGAUGCUACGUCGCUGAGAAAACCUGAGUCGACUACUUCGUCGCCCGAGACGGACGAGUCGGUCAAUAACACAGUGGAUAGUAACACCCAAGCUGAAGAAUCGGAGUCUACCAGUCGAGAUAAACAAUCGCUACUGCUUUGGCAAAAAGCGAAGGAUGCUCUGGACGGGUUAGCGAUGAUUAUAGCUGCCGUUAGUAUCGUCGGUGGUCAUGUCGAGGGCUUCAGAGAAGGCGGGUGUGUGACUAUUGAAGACGAUGGCACCCAGGGCUCGCGUAGAUUGGGUGUGCUUUCGGGUGUUAUGCGAGAUCCACGCACUGCUGAUUUACUGGCUCAGGUGGUCGUGAACUCCAGUGCUGAAGCUCCAGUUUCCCCUUUGAUUCCAGCGGAUGCAAGAGCCCAGGCUUUCUCGUUAUCGAAGCUUCAUGUAGUGGAGCGCGUUCCGGCACUUGUCGACAUGUUUGGGGAUGUUGAGGGCAUCAUUACGACGUUGUCAUCGCUAGUUUCUGAGGUUUUGUCGGUUGAUAAGGAGUGUGCCACGCACUGUGAUCUGGAGCUGCCUCAAAACAACUCUGUCCAGGAGGUUCUGCGGAACCGGCUUAAGAUGUACAAGCAUCAACUACGGUGGAGAUCAGCAAAGGCGUUAUCGUCUUUACUGAAACAGAUCUCGACCCUCAGUCCAACGCAGUUAAGUAUGGAUUCCCAACUCGUAUCAAGCCUGGCCUCAUUGCUAUCGUCCGAGAAUUCGCUUUCGUGGGCCAGCAAAUCCGAGGUGACGGGACUAGAAACUGCGACUACUCUUCAAAAGCGAUGGAUUUGUGUAAAGCAGCGCCAAAUUUUCUUGGAUACUGAAGAAGUUAUCGACUCUGCAUUGGACCAUUAUGAAGUCGAAAUGCGCGACCAAGUUGUGCAAAAGCUGGGAAGUGAAAAUGCACUAAGCUGGGGAAUGGAUGCCAUCCAGUCGCCUCGCCGUAAGGUUACUCAUCCGUCGUUUGCAGGCUCUGGUGGAGCGAAGCAGCGGGCUGAUCGAUCCAGUGAUGGAGAUCUGCCGUUUGGUACGUGGGGUAUUUUGUUGCCUCUACCACCGCUUAAUGAGAACGAACAUGCGGUUGGUCCGGGAAGUUCAGCCAUCGACUACACUCCGUUCCCGCUUACGGCCCCUAUCAUCCGUGUUGGUCGUGCUGCCGAUGCGUGUGAUCUCAUUGUGAAUGACCGAAGUGUCAGUGGCCGCCACUUCCACCUACGACGCUUGCGACGUGAAGCUGAGGGAGGUGAAACACAAUUUGAGCUUCAGGAUUUCAGCAAGAACGGCACUAUCGUGAAUGGUGUGAGGAUCCAUGGAUCGAGCACUCGAAUCACCACGGGAUCUCGGAUCUCGUUGAUAUUGUCCCGAGGUGGAUUGGUGACGUAUGAGUUCCAGGUCCGUGGAAGCACAGGAGGUCGUCACCCUGCUAUUCUCACGGGGUCACAAAACCCAGGCGACCUGAAUAUUUCCAUUCCUGGCCAGGAAUACCAGCAACCACAGAUUGGCACACCCCAGAUCGUACCACGGAGUCCUGCAGAAUUGCAAAACCGCGGGAACCGUGGAGGUGCUGUCCCUUUGGAGAGUGUCGCUGAUAACCGAAGCCGUCAGGCAGUAACGCAGGGUUUGAGAGUCAUCACGUCGAUAGCAGAAAGCGAUGUUCCUCGUGCUCUACUUUCGCCAAACCCAGCCAUGGAUUCCCCCCGAGCUGGUGGAUAUUCAUCUCCUCGAUCUUCAGUUCUUCAAGCACCUGGUACUCCUUCUGUGGGACCUCUUACUCCAAGCAUGUUUUCCACCAUAAUGCCGCCUGCUCUACUUUCUCCUGCGUCCUACCAGCAGCGUGAAAGUGUUGCACCAACUGGACCUACAGGAGUCACAUCUCCUCAAGGAGGUGUUGGGUCGAUGCUCCGUAUUGCUCUAGGUCGCGACAGUGUCAAUCGCGAGUCCCGGCCUAAUAUGCCGAACGAGCUUGCCAAGACUCGAGUCUUACGCUCUAGUGGGCAAAUCGGUUUGACCACGCGUUCGAAUGCCAGCCAAGCACAGGAGAUGCAAGUACUCGCACUACGUCUCCUUGCCCGAACUCAAGACGCCAACCUCGUUGUCAGUGCUACUGAGUGCGAGGAGGCACUUCAAGUGACAGCUGGCAACUCGGACGAGGCAUUCGUGAUGAUCCAGCGAAGUCGCGGAUCAUUCUCGCGCAAUUAUUCGUCAAAUGUGCGUCACUUGGCGAUGGUGCUCGGCCGAAGUGAACCAGUGUGUGCAGAAGCACUGCGUCAAACCGAUGGCAGUUUUGGUGACGCAUUGCGCUUGCUUCUGACAAGCAGAGCAACUGAGCCGGAGAAGUCUGUGUUGUCACUCAGACAUGUAAGCGCCAACGAGGCUCUGCAAUCUAGUGAGCCACUGGUAAACUUCCAGGACAUUGGUGACGAGAAUCCGAGUUACACUCUGACUGAGUCUAGUGCGCUACAUCCACCAGCUCCUCCGCGUCUAGCGGCCAGAUUGAAUGAGAGUCCUGUGAAAACAAAGAAGAUGGAACACACGGGGAACGUAGAUGCACUCCAACCGAAGUCCGAUCUGACACUGUGGAGUGAAUGCAACAGUAGUUUCGACGAAUCAGUUCGACAGAUGAAUUCGUUUGAAGUCGAGUUGGAGGAGGAAGUACUCUGUGAGCGUCUUGCUGCUAUUCACGCACGAAAGAUUCUUCUUCAGAUCGUGAGGCUCUUCACGCACGCGACGCAAACCGAGGAAGCGCCUCUGAGCGAACUAACGGACCCUCUCGUUCUUCGCUCCUUGAUAUCGAUUCUGAAUGUACCCGGACAAGCUAACAUCAGUUCACCGUACGAGCUGGAGUACCAGCUGCAACAGCAACCAAACGCUCGAAAGAGUGGUAAAAUCCAGCAGAUCUUGUCUCGUAUGGUUAACGACGUGAUGGCUCGCUCCCCUACAGAGACGUUGGCCAGAAACUUGUGCUCGACUCAAGACUUGUCUACUCUUCAAAGAUCCAUUGACCAAGUGACCGAACGACCAACGAAGAUUGGCUGGACAGGUAUCACGAGACUCAUCGAAUCUCUGGUCGAGAACGAACAAACCCGAGGAGAGGACGUGAACGGCCAGAGUCCUCCAACCACGUUAGAGAAUCUCACGUUUGAGACAGUCCUACACGUUCUUUCGCGCACGUACGCAGCUCCAAUGGCAGCUCUGGACUGGGAUAGCUCUCGUCUUCGAACCCGCAAAGCUGAUGGCUCUUUCCCCAAAGGUCCAAUACGUCUUUCGUGUGGUCUGGAAGUUGUAGUGGUGGACACUUAUGAGCGUUUGUGGAGUAUCCCACCUUCUGAUCCCAUACUUAAGCACCGUCACAAAUGGCGAAAACGGUUCUCUAGUGGUAUGGAGAAUGGAUGGAUGAAGUCAGCAGCAGAUUACGCCGUGACAAUUUGGCGGCCGGCACUACCCCCAGGGCUUGAUUCGGCUGCGUCAGGUUCUAGUUGGUUCUGUCUCGGUGACGUUGCAAAGUGCGGUAAUGGUGCUCCCGAUGCUCCAAUGCUUCUUGUCAAUGACAGCGACAACCAUGGACUUCUGGCACCUCCAGUUAGUUUUGAACGAGUGGAUAUAACCGGAAAGGGUUUACCCAGAAACUCAGAGAGUGAUCCAGAUUUCCAACGUAAGCAGCUUCGCUCGAUUUGGUGGCCUGUUGCGCCGUCCGGAUACGUUGCGCUAGGCUGUGUUGCUGGAAGCAAAGAAGACCCCUUUGAACCCCCAGACGUGUCGUGCACCCGCUGUGUACGCGAAGAUAUUGUGAAACAAGUUGACGGCUUCCACUGCGUGUGGCGUGCAGAGUCUCCUGUAUCCACUGGAGGUGGAGGAGUGGAGCUUCCAACUACUAUUGAGGUUGAAAAUGACGAGGAGAAUGAAGGAGAGAACGAUGGUUCGGGUCACGCUCUUGGUAGUCGUAGCACCAAGAACCAGUCUCCUGAUUCCUCCCGGUUGCAGCUGCUGCUUCCUGUUGCUGAUGAUGUUGUCGUUCAGACAUCGCUUUGGGCGGUGGACGCAGACUUCAGUUGUGGUCUACUUCUUCCAGUCGUCACACUAAACGAUGCGAGCGCGAAUGAUCCCGGCACUGCAUUCGCUCUGAAUCUUUCGGAUGACGAUCUAGUUCUUUGUGCUCCUGUAAGCGUGGACAACGUGCUAGUAUUCCUCGAGAUAUUGCUUCAGUACCAACAACUGCAGUCGACAAAGCAGCAAACUAAACAGAUUUUCUCGACUCAACUGCGCCCUGAACUGCCCGCCGCACUGUUUGCUCUGAUUCAGCAAGUGUUACGCGAGAAUCAACCAUCCAGUGGGAAAAGUGCUGUGUCGCUUGUGCGUGCUCUAAUUUCUGUAGUACAGCGUGGUGCGCUUUGGUAUGACAAGCAAGCGCUUCUUUACUGUCGCUCUAAGAUUAUGGCUCUGAGUCAAGACCACGACGGCGGAUUUACGCUGCAUGCUCUACUACAAGCUUUCGUGGAGUUGAUGCUAGCUGUCGAGGAUCAGCAACACAGUCAACGAGUACAGGAACUCGCUGCUUGCUUGGAUCGCGAUGGUGGUAACUCACUGAGUCUACCGUAUCGCUUCCACUUCGCCAAGCAGCCAUUCGUGGAGAUGUUGGUGAGCCAUUCGUCAAAGAUGGCAGUCAUGCGGCAUUUGUCUGGAGACGAGCGUAAGUUCUUACUAGAUUAUCGCUCUGAAGAUGGCAGCAACCGAGACGCGCUGGCCGUUGAGGGACUGGGUUCUCCACCUGGGGAAGUGUAUUCGUGCCGCUUUGAACAUACACCAGCUCUCGUCAUGACAAUGCGAGACGAGGUGAAAGCUGAAAUUGUGUAUUUCGAGGUCACUGUCAUGGAAUGGAGUACUAAUUCUAGUAUGGGAGGGUCGCUUGCGCUUGGAUUUUCGCCUCCGCCAUUCCCACUCGAAGGAGUGCUAGUGGGUGGUAGCGCAGAUGGCUCACGCUCUUACUCGUUCGCACCAGCGAACGGUCAAGUACUCUGCGCAGGUGACACCGUUGUGGAUCGCUGGCGAUGGAUUGAGCCUGGUGGUGCUGUGAGUCCUGGAGAUGUGUUUGGUUGUGGCUUACGACUUGAUACACAGGAAAUGUUUGUCUGUAAGAAUGGCCAGCUGCUAGGCACCGCCUUCUCGAGUAUUGCACGGCCUCAAGAACUCCACCCAACGAUUUCGUUUAACGCAGACUGCAAGCUACUUGCCAACCUUGGAGCUACAACAGCAACACCAGCAAAGCACGCGAACUUCAGCUUCAGGUUCCAUUCACUAGACUGCGACAACCUCAUGAGUUCAUUCGAGUGGUUCGAGCCACUGAGUCAAGUUUACGGCGUGAUGAAGGCGUUAAUGGACCCAGCGAGACCGGACAACGUGGAUGCUCGUGACGAGCCAACCGAUGAACUCGUUAACACUGCUGUUGUGGCUCAGCUACCCGAUGAAUUCAUGCUUUCAGCUGACAAUUUCCUAUCGGACAUCUCUGAGGAUGUCUGCAUUCGCGUGGAGAGUGCACACCCGUAUGAUCUUGAGCUUCAAGAGUCCCUUGUUAGCAUUCCGCUAGCUACAAGCAUCCGAGUUCGGUUGGAUCCUCAAAGUGAGACGGCCAGCUCUCACUGCUUGCAGAUUCUACAAGGCGGAAGUACAAUAGGAGGUGAAGGCGAAGGUACAACAACCGGAGAAGCAGAGAUUAGAGCAUUUACGGGUGCUUGUGGGGGUCAAGAAGUUACGAUUGACGGUGACAGCUUCGUGUGGCGAUUCCCCGUUCAAUCCAAUUUCCAGUGUCGUGUGGAUCGUGUACGCAAAGGGCCUUAUAUUAAACUCGAAGCGCGAGAUACCAGACUGUCACUAGUGCGGGAUAAAGGCUGGCAAACAGCUAUCGGUGUUGCGCGAUUUGAUGGAGGAGUGCACAUUUGGGAGGUUCGCAUUUCUUUUGUGACUGCAAGCUCCAAUAUCUUCUUAGGUAUCGGUCGCCGAGAUGUUCGCUUGGACUCGUACUUAGGCAAGGAUAACCGAGGAUGGGGAUGGAUCGGAAAUCGUGCACUCUGGCACAAUGGCAGCAAACAACGUGGCACUUACGGCGACAAGUUUAAGACGGGAGAUAUUGUCCGUCUCACACUGGAUCUACGUCGCGGUACACUUAGUUAUGCGCUUAAUGGAAAAGAUCUGGGUGUCGCGUUUGGUCCUGGUGGUACUGGUCCGAAGCUGGAGGGCACGUUCUACCCUGCUUUCGCGCUGUACAACCAACGGGACUCGAUUGAUCUGAUCGGUGGGCAUCGUGUAGAGGACGGAGGACUGGAGCCAGGGCUCUCUCGAACUGGCAGCGGACUGGCAAGUGGAGAAGAUUCAUACUACAGCGAAGAAGAAGAAGAUCUAGGAGGUUUCACCAGUGGUGAGGGGGAUGGCUCUAUCCCGAAUUUCCGGAUGGAAUUGGCUAUCGCACUCAGUCAAAUGGGGUUCCCCAUGGAGUGGUGUCUCUACGCUCUGCGUCAUUGUGAAGACGAUGCUGAGCAGGCUGCGGAUUAUAUCUUAGCCAAUAUGCACGCGAUUGAAUCGCUUGUUCGGGAAGAAAAUGAAGUCACGGCACGUCGCACACGACACCGCCAACUACUGCAUGAACAGGCCUUAGCUCUGUCUGAAAGCGAAGCACUAGAUACUUUAAUACCGCCUCCACCACCUAUCGAAGACGACGACGAUGCUGUUCGCUCCAUGGAAGAGGUAGCCUCUACAGGCGACGACGAUGCAUCCACUUUACCUCUGCAGCAACAGUCAAGCGGAGACACUAAAUGGGGUGUGGCGUUUACAGCUGUACCCGAGUUCUCCGUUACUGGACGCCGUCUACUGGCAGCCAAAUACGGUCCCAAGCUGCGUCGAUUACAUGCGUCGCAGCGAGUAUUCACUCCAGCACGUGAUCACGCUCUCGUACAACUUGUAAACGAGAUCUGCGAGUCACGUGCUGAGGCAUUACAAAGUUGCGAUCCUCUCCGCAUGACUCCUGAGGAUUUCGUCCCGACCGAAGAACAGAUCCAUCGAUUCCCGGCUUUACGAGGCAUGCCUCUCGAAGCACUCCAGCGUCGCUUUUUGGUGCUGCGAAACUUCAAUUGUCGGCUGCAGAUAUCUCUGGCUUUCAUUGAUUUCUCGGCUAACAACGAGCGUUCUCUUCUGGCAAGAGGUGCACGUGAACUUCGUGGCGUGGUCUUCCAGCAUGUGAAGCUUGCGUGGUGGCUCGGUGUAUUGAAAGAGCAGCAAGCUCCUGCUGCAGCUCGUCCAGAAAUCGAAGUCGACCGUCAUCGUGCUCACGACGCACUUGAACUUUCUGAGCGUGGCGAUCCACUUGCUGGUGAGGCUGGCGAGCGGGAUAGUGUGUUUGCGCAGACGUUUGAACAACUCCACGGACUGCAGCCAGCAUUGCUGCGAGGGGCUGAUAGAGCCUUCAAAUGCCAAUUUGUGGGAGAGUUUGGUGACGAUUUUGGUGGCUUGUACCGUGAAUGCUUAGCUCAGCUAAGCUCCGAGUUGCAGACCUUCACGCCACUGCUGCCUGUGCUACGCCCAUGCCCUAAUGAACUGAUGAGCACAGGUGAAAACCGAGAGCUUUACGUUCCUAACUCCCACUUACGCUGUCACCCACGCCGAGUGCAGAUGGCAGAAUUUCUCGGGAAACUUGCAGGUGUGGCUGUGCGGACUAAAACGCCACUUGAUCUGAAUCUGCCGCCUGCUGUAUGGAAGCUCCUAGUGGGGCAACAAGUGACCCGCCACGAUAUCGAAGCUAUCCAUCAAGGAUGUUUCCAAGUCGUGGAUACUAUCGCCGAUCUUGAUUCUCACGGUAUUACAGAAGACAUGUUUGAUGAACUUGUAGACGCAAGCUUCACCGUGCUAUCUAGUACGCGGGAGACUGUCGAGCUGGUGCCGGGUGGUAAAAACUUGCACGUGACGUGGGGAGACCGGGAAGAAUACGCAUGUGCAGUGGAAACGUACCGUUUGACUGAAUUUGCGCCUGUGUGUGGAGAUAUCUCGCGAGGCGUGGCGACUAUUCUACCCGCACCAACGCUUGGAAUUUUCUCGUGGCAUGAACUGCGGACUUUAGUGUGCGGUAAAGCCACAGUUGACAUAGCUCUUCUACGCCGACGGACCAUAUACGGUGACGGCUGCCAGGGAACAGACCCGCACAUCGCCUACUUUUGGGACGUUCUGGCAGAGUUCAGUGAUGAACAGAAGUCAUCAUUCCUGCGCUUUGUCUGGGGUCGAUCGCGGCUGCCGACACAUGCAGCAGAUUUCACGCAGGACUUUAAGAUUUCAGGGCUACCCAAGGCUGCAGGUCGUGCCGACAUGUACCUGCCUAUUGCUCAUACCUGUAAGCUUGUUGUGAUCUGUUGCGUGUGUUGUUCAUGUCUCUGA